UUGAUGGAGAGAGCUCCGUUUGGUUCAACUGCGUAGUAAUCCUGAUGUUGGGCUUCAACAGAGGGCCUAGUACGUACACGUUUCGUACUGUACGUUCAUGUUCCUUAAUCGACUCUGAAUCACAUGUGCACUCUGCACCUUCUUCCUGCUGAGGCUCGUCAGACUGAACCCAGUGCGUGUGUGGGUUACCACUUACUACCUUGGCCCAGGUACUGUCGAGUGUGCCUAGUGAGAGUUCGUAGACAACGAUUUCCUGCCUCACUCUCUGCAUGGAUUUUGUGAAGAGGAAAAAACCACUACCAUCGAGAACCACCCAGUCAAUCGACCGUUGGACGGGAUGGUCGGACUGACUUGUACGUAGUACGCAUUCCGGGUGAGAGAAACGUCGAAGAAAUCGGAUCAGUUGGAUCUAAAUCCUAUCAGAAAGCAGACACGAAUCAUUCUCUCUCGAUGGUUUGAAUACUCAUAACAGAGUUUUUAUGCGGAAUUAUUGCUGGCAUUCCCUCUAGUUGUUGUUGUUCUGCUAUUGUUGUGAAUUGCUUGAAUGCCAUCUGGGAAGCCACAACUACCCCCAAUUGCUCUUCGAGGCGACAUUUCUCGUAGUGCAUCACUUGGAACUUGGACAGAUUAUUGGUAUUCCGCUCGCGACCGGCGUUUGAGAAUCCCAUUAGAUCAUCAUCCAUCCAAAAGGUCCAAGCAAUCAUCAAGUGCAUCGGGCAUGAAAAAUCCAUGACAAGGCCGUCUAAACUAGUGCAUCUACUUGCUGGCCGACUUUAUUUCUUUCUCUCUCUCUCGUGUUGAUCACACCUGAGUGAAUUGAGCAUCAUCAUUAACAUUGUCACCAUCUCAUCCUCAUCCUCAUCUUGAGCUUUGUACAUACGUUCACUAUUGUACAGCGUAUAGCUCCAAUUUCGACCAUCCACGGUUAGAGGAUCAUCGGGGAUCGCUGGCCCGGAGUCUCAGCAAAUCAAACCGACACGAGGGUGGUUGAUCCGAUAGUUUGUCCAAGCGGUGGAACUAUUCUUCAGUUGGUCUGCUUCUCUCGGAGUGGAUGGACUCUUUUUCUUUUUUUCGCUAAUCUGUUUUGGUGGGGUGAAAAUUGAGGCGGAGUGGCUCCUUGAGAAAUCAAGCUGCUAGCUGCAAUCAAUUAUCAAGUCAUUGGUGAAAUUAAAUAUCAAUUGCCAAAAAAAUACAAACUCAAGAAGGAGAACCUCUAAGCCAUUGACCAUGUCAUCUAGAGGGUCAUCACUUUCACGAUUUGACAACUUGUCUCAGAUGUCUCAAUCCGAAGACGAAGAUUCAAAUUUCUCGCGGGCCUCCUCAUUGUCGAGGUCUUCAUCGGGAUCGAUUGCUUCCUCCACAUCUUCAAGCUCUCCCCCAGGAUAUCAUUCUGUCCUGCUUGAGAACCACUUGAAACGAAGUAAGGCUUACCCUGGCCUUUAUCCUCCCAAGGUGACAGCCGCCAUUAGCAACUUCCUAUUCAAUAAUGAGACGCCUGCUCCAGAUCCUUAUCGAACUUAUCACAAUUUGAUCAAGACCUUCAACGACGGCAAAGGCCAGUACAUUGGCGAAUUAGACCACAAAAGCCGUCGGCAUGGUUUGGGUCACAUGUUAUAUUCUUCCAACGAUGCUUUCCAUGGCCAAUGGAAGAAAGGCCAAAGGGAAGGCGAAGGCUCUUUUUUCUGGGCAGACACUGGUAGCGUGUACCAAGGGGAAUGGAAAAAUGGAGAGCGCCACGGAUUCGGUCAUUUUGUGUUUGGAUCGCGGCGAAAUGACAAAUUAAAUGGUGUGGUGUUUAGUGGGAACUGGUCCAAGGGCAAGAUCCUUGGACGAGGCACCGUGUCCCUGGUGAAUGAAGUGGGCAAGGUGGAAAAAGUACCUGAAAUUGUACAGAGUCAUGAUGAUAACGACAAUGUAUCAAUGUUCGCCAAAAAAGAGUUCCUUCAUCUUUUUAAGAAGUUGUCCCUCUAAGGAGUUCAUGCGUUACAUACCGACAAGACCCCUCAAGGAUCAAGACAUUCUGUCCAUUAGACUGAUUGGCCAUUUUCAAGCUUUUGUCCCAACACAAAAGAGACAUUCUUACAUAGAUCGAACGAAAACCAACGUCAUCAUCGGUCAGUCAACACGUCGCUCGAUGUAACUCUGAAAUACAUGCAAUCAAUCUUGGCUGUGAGACCCCCAAAA